GGCAGAGAGCUUCAUUGGUGCAUCAGAAUUGGGCAAGGCUGGGUCCUUUUCGCCGCGUUAAGCUUGUGGUUCUGAAUUAUUUUCUCGAUUUAGUUGCCAGUGACAGUCGAAUGCUUAGCUAGAGGGCACCGACACGCGGUUGCUUUGUUGUUUGGGUUCAGUAACAUAAACAUGGUAGCCAAGCCAUAUACUAUGCAACCCAGUUGUCAAGUUCUAGACAUCGUUCAUUAAAGAGAUACGAAAGCGUCAAAAGCACAGAAUUUUCCAGUUCGUGUGACCCUCUAUUCCUCAAAAGGAUUUUACUUUACUCAUCUCUUCAAAAUAUCCAAGUUCCACACCCCGUUGCCUUAUUUUCUCGAACCUUUUGCUACAUAAUCUUGUCGUCAAUAAAAUCAUUAACGUGUUUGUCGAUCCUCUACCCUCCAUCUCUUUUCCAUCUCUCAUUAAAACCCAUUUCGAGUUUCUCGCGUUCGUUUGCUUUCCCGUGACAAAUCGAACAACAUUCAAGUAGAGAUAUUAGUUCUUGCUUUCAAUUUCAGAGAUUGAGUUGAUUCUUUCAAGAACCAAGAACUGUAAUUCUAAAUCCAUGGCAGAGUCAGAGAUAAGGGAAGAACCAUGUGUGUCCUGCACCACUUUUAACAUUCUAGCUCCGAUUUAUAAACGUCUUGAUCAACAGAAUCAGUGCCUCAGGGAAAGCGACUUCAGAGCGUUUUGGUUGGAUAGAAACCGCAAAAUUCUAGACUGCUUGCUCUAUGAUCCAUCUUCCAUUAUAUGUCUCCAGGAAUUCUGGGUGGGCAAUGAAGAACUUGUACGUAUGUAUUUGGACAAGCUUGGUCAUGCAGGAUAUACAUGCUUCAAACUUGCACGGACCAACAAUCGUGGAGAUGGUCUGCUAACUGCUGUGCAUAAGAACUACUUCACGGUUCUUAAUGUUAAAGAUUUGCUUUUUAAUGACUUUGGAGAUCGUGUUGCCCAAAUGUUACAUAUCCAAUUGGUUAAGCCCUUUUCUCAAAAUCUAAAAACUAUUGUUCCCCCAGAAAUCAUUGUUGUUAAUACUCAUCUGUUAUUUCCUCAUGAUUCCAGUCUAUCCUUAGCAAGACUAAACCAGGUUUACAAGAUAUUGGAAUAUGUAGAGUCAUAUCAGAUAGAAAACCAUCUCAAACCCAUGCCUGUUAUACUCUGCGGGGACUGGAAUGGAAGCAAACGUGGGCAUGUUUAUAAAUUUCUGAGGUCACAAGGGUUUGUUUCAUCAUAUGACGCUGCUCAUCAUUAUACUGACAAUGAAGUGGAUGCUCACAAGUGGGUUAGUCAUCUCAAUCACCGAGGAAAUAUCUGUGGUGUUGAUUUUAUUUGGCUUCGUAAUCCUAAUAUGUCCAGAAAACCGUUGAAGACAAGUUUUGCAGAAGCUGUUUUUGGUAUAAUUAAGAAUCAGCUCGGAAAAGUUUCAGUGUCUGAAAAGGAUGAAACAAAUGAUGAUUUAAUUAGAUACUCAACUUUGUGUGAAGCACUUCGCCAGGUAAAUUUGAUCGAUCUCCCUUAUGGGUUGAGUUUUCAAGAAACUAAGAACCUAUGGACACAAGCCGCCAUUGAUGGAAAUGGUGUAGCCAGUUAUGAACCGUUUCUGCAGAGGCUAAGGAGUUUUGCAUGUUCCGAACAGACAGAGGAAAAUGUGAAUGGGAGAACUGAUGCAUGCAACGAAGAAUUUGUAGGCUUCAAAGUGAAGCAUGCUGUUCUAUUUCCUCGGGAAGUCGAGAAAGGGACAUGGCCUGACGGUUAUUCCCUCUCCGAUCACGCCCGACUUAGAGUCGAGUUUUCACCAGUAAUGCUGCAGUGUUCUUAGAGUUGUGAUACUAAAGUUGGAUGUGUAUCAUAUAUAUAUAUACGAACAAUACUCUGCCCAUGUCCCUCUAUCAAGCUUUGGAAGGUUACUUGGAUCCUUAAAACAGCAUUAUCUGAGCGCCGCCGCCGCCGCCGCAGCAGCAGCAGUAAAGUUUCAGGUAAGCGGAACAUGUGCUAUAAACCUUCUCAGUCUCGAGCUUGUGGUCAAUAGUCCAUGUUCAUCUCAAGUCUUGGAAACAGCAAUGAACAUCACAAUCUCAGCUUGUGGAAAUAAAUAGAUUUUUUUUUUUUU